GACCCAGCCGCCCAGAGCCCAGCUUGCAGCUUGCUUGGCUGAGGGGGAGGCGGUGUGGGAGCGGACGAAGUUUGGGCGAAUGCGUCCAGGGCUGAGAUCUCGAUCCGGGCUCUACGCUUGAGGUCGAGUGGGCGGGAGGACUGGUUUACGGACGUCCCCGGGCCAGCAGCUGUCGUCUUGCGUUCUCUUUUCUGGAAGUGUUUAAGCUUCGAAAAUGUCAACUAUCAAGCACCUAGUUUAUGCAGUUAUUCGUUUCUUACGGGAACAAAGUCAGAUGGAUGCUUAUACUUCUGAUGAACAAGAAAGUUUGGAAGUUGCAAUUCAGUGCCUGGAGACGGUUUUUAAGAUCAGCAUAGAAGAUACACAUCUAGCAGUUUCACAGCCUUUGACAGAAAUGUUCACAAAUUCCUUCUGUAAGAAUGACGUUCUGCCCCUCAAAAACUCAGUGUCUGAAGAUGUGGGAAAAGCUGACCAAUUAAAAGAUGAAGGUAAUAACCACAUGAAAGAAGAAAAUUAUGCUGCUGCAGUGGAUUGUUAUACACAGGCGAUAGAACUGGAUCCCAAUAAUGCAGUUUAUUAUUGCAACAGGGCUGCUGCACAAAGCAAAUUAAGCCACUACACAGAUGCAAUAAAGGAUUGUGAAAAAGCAAUAGCAAUUGAUUCUAAGUACAGCAAGGCCUAUGGGAGGAUGGGGCUGGCCCUUACUGCCAUGAAUAAAUUUGAAGAAGCAGUUAGAAGUUAUCAAAAGGCAUUAGAUCUUGAUCCUGAAAAUGAUUCCUAUAAAUCAAAUCUGAAAAUAGCAGAACAGAAGUUAAGAGAGGUAUCUAGUCCUACAGGAACUGGACUGAGUUUUGACAUGGCUAGCUUGAUAAAUAAUCCAGCUUUCAUUAGUAUGGCAGCAAGUUUAAUGCAGAACCCUCAAGUUCAACAGCUCAUGUCAGGAAUGAUGACAAAUGCCAUUGGGGGACCUGCUGCUGGAGUUGGGGGCCUAACUGACCUAUCUAGUCUCAUCCAAGCGGGACAGCAGUUUGCUCAGCAGAUACAACAACAGAAUCCUGAACUUAUAGAGCAACUGAGAAAUCAUAUCCGGAGCAGAUCAUUCAGCAGCAGCACUGACGAACAUUCCUGACUUGAUCAGGGACUCUAGCCCAGAAUGAAACUGGUUUAUGGCUAUGAAGUAUUCAGUGUAUAUAGUAGCCAAAAAUAAAAAAACAACAAAAUAAUGGAGGAAAACCUCCUGUGUGUAUUCUUAAAGAACAAAUUUGUUUAGACAAUAGUUUUAUCACCAAGAGACUGGAACAUGACUCCUUUGGAAUUGAAUGCUCACUAGCCUUGUUAAGUGCCAGUAUAGUACUCAGACAAAGUUCCAUCCAUUUCCAAUCUUUUAUCAUAUUUGUACAUUAGACUUAAUAGCAGAAUGUAUUUAUUGAAUUGUAGUACUGUUCAUUGGUUCUUUAGCUCCAAGCUACCUUAAGUUUUUUUGAGAGGGGAGAUAAGGGGAAAGAUUUGCCAUACUGGUUUAGAAGAAACUCUGGGCAGUAUAUCAGGAGAGAAGCAACUUUAGGUUUGAUAAAUGCUCUCAAUAAUGAAUAUAUAUCAUAGGUGCAAGUACUAUCUUUAUUGCUCCCUCUUGAGCCUCUUGCCAAGCCUGGGCAAUUUAGUGAGAGUCUAAGGGCUGGUGAAAAGUAGCAUUUGGUGCAAUGGAUGUUUUGAGGAAAGGAAAAAUAGAUAAUGUGAAUAUAUAGGGAGCAAAGAUAGGAUGCUCAGGUUUUCUGCAGAGUUCUUAAAUAAUCUCAUCUGUAGCUUAGUAUUAAUAACAUUAGCAUGGCCAUUUAUGCUAAAUACAUAAUAAAAUACAUCUAGAGGUCCUUAAUGGUACUGGUUAGGUCAGUGAUAUAACUAACUGAAUUACCACAAUUUCUCUGGUUGUGAACUUACCUUAGAAAUUACCAGAUAUACCUAAUUAGCACACAAGGCCAAUGGCUAGACCCUAAGUUAAGGAUAUUCUAAGUGUAAUUUAAUUAUGUGCCCAUAAUCAUUGAUUUAAAAAAUCAUUAUUUAAUGGAUAACAUCACUAACAUUGUUUAUCCAUAUAAUCCUCUGCUAUAAUUUAGCUCAGUGGACCUAUCUUAAGCUUAACCUUAGUUUGAUGCAAUUUUUUUGCCCCCUUUGGUACUGGGGAUCAAACUUAAAACCUUAUGUUUGUGAGGCAGGCACAGCACCACUGAGCUAAAUUCCCUGGUUCAAUUUGAUGCAAUUUAAACAUGAGAUUUAAAAGGUUUUAUUAUGACUUAGAUGCCACAUUAGUGGAGGGAAAUUGCAUUAGGUACUAAUGGCAUGACUCUUAAGAACAAUGAUGAAUGAGAUAUUUCUAAUUCCAACUGGAACUUCUAGUUUCUUAAUCAUGAAAUCACUGAGCUAUAUCCUUAGCCUUUUUAUUUUGAUAUAAGGUCUUAUUAAAUUCCCCAGGCUGGCCUUGAGCUUCUGAUCCUCCUGUCUUAGCUUCCUGAAUAUUUUUAAUUAAAGGUUUGUACCACAGUGUUCACAGAAAUCAUUUUAAGGGCUACAUAAUGUGGUUCUGAUGCAGGUCCAAGGGCUUAAAUUUAUUUGUUUCAAGCUGACCUAAAAUUCUUGGCAAUCCUGCUUCAGUCUUCCAUGUGCUGGGAUUACAGGCAUGUGCUACCAUACCUUUCAAGAGCUUAAAUUUAGAGCAACACUAGGACAGAGGUUUCUUCCCAGCUAGACCAGAAAAUGCCUAAGCAUUUGGGCUCCGGCUAAAAUGAAGACCUGUAGUAGCAUAUGGUUUUGGCUUGAGAAACGCAGGACUUAAAUCUGAAGCCUCUUGAAAUUAAAUUUCCUAUAGUCUGUCUAAACCAUCUUAGUAUGUAUGAAUUUACACCCAACCCUUAAGUUUUAAAUAUUACACAAAAUAAAGUAGUAAUCACAUAAAAGUACUCUGGUAAAAACAAAGUUGGUCCUUAAGUAAGAAUUAAUAGUUAUUCUUAUCUAGUGUUAAGAAAUUAGCAUUUCUAGCACAGUUAUUUUAUAGAUUCAUUAAAAAUGCUUCAGAGUGGGCCGGUGGGCUUCUCAGCAGCACAGAAGGUGUAAGGUCCUGAGUUUGAUUCCCACACCAAAAAAAAAGCUUCAGAGCUGGGCAUGGUGGUGGUACA